AUUACUGCUUCCGCGUAGACCCACGUUUUUUUCUCACAGAAGUUACGUUUGUCCGUUGCUAAUAUUAAGGAUUUAUAGUAGUAAAUAUGAGGCCGCUAACAGAAGAAGAGACCAAAACGAUGUUUGAGAAGUUAUCUAAAUACAUUGGUGAAAACAUAAAACUUCUAGUGGACCGACCAGACGGCGUUUACUGUUUCAGGCUGCACCAUGACAGAGUCUACUACAUGAGUGAGAAAAUUCUAAAGCUGGCCACCAACUUUUCCCGGGACAAACUCAUGUCAGUGGGUACGUGUUUUGGGAAGUUUACAAAGACCAAGAAGUUCCGCCUGCACAUCACAGCCCUGGAUUUCCUUGCUCCAUAUGCAAAGUUUAAGGUGUGGGUGAAACCUGGAACAGAGCAGUCUUUCCUGUAUGGGAACCACGUGCUAAAAUCUGGUCUUGGCAGAAUUACUGAGAACACUAUGCAGUAUCAGGGAGUUGUGGUUUACUCCAUGGCAGAUGUGCCUCUGGGUUUUGGUGUGGCGGCCAAGUCUACGCAGGAGUGUCGGCGAGUGGACCCCAUGUCUAUUGUUGUGUUCCACCAGGCUGAUGUGGGCGAGUUCAUAAGAAAUGAGGAAACAUUAACAUAAAGAUGCAGAAACAAGUGGACUGUCAAACUGUUUAUUUUUAACAGUAACACUCACUCAAAGUCAAAUGUUCAGCUUUUAGCUGCUAAAUAUUUUAUAGUGACAUGAUCUGAUCAACGUUCCUACUUCAAGAGCAGCUGUUAUACCUGGAACACUUCCCUACAGUUCAGAACUAAAACAAAAAACAUGUCUAUUGACUCACUUCUGCCAUUUGCAGAAUUUCCUGGUUUGUCCCCUCCCUGUUGUAUUAAAUGAGAAGGGUUUUGUUUUUGUGUGUAUGUUUUUUGUAACUUGAAUCUUGAAAUAAAUCCACAUCUCUGUAUCAUUUAAA